CGGUGAAGACCCAACACAAUAUAUAUUGACCCUUGGCUUGACGCUCUACAGAAAGAAAAACACAAAUUUAGGGUUUGCGUUGUUGAUAACGAAAGCAUAAAUCAAAGAUGAUUGAGGUUGUGUUGAACGAUCGAUUGGGAAAGAAAGUGAAGGUGAAGUGCAAUGAAGAUGACACAAUUGGUGAUUUGAAGAAGCUUGUUGCUGCUCAGACUGGUACACGUGCCGACAAGAUUCGUAUUCAGAAGUGGUACAAUGUCUAUAAAGACCAUAUUACCCUUAGGGAUUACGAAGUUCAUGAUGGCAUGGGCCUUGAGCUGUACUACAACUAGAUAAAACCACAAUAGGUAAUUUUAGAGUUUUUGGGAGUUUUAUGAUGUUUUGUUGAGUUGAGAAUUUGGGGUUGAUUUUUGUUUUGAUAUUUUGGUGGGUUGGAUUGGAAUUCUGCCUUUUGGAUUUUUGUUAUACGUUUAUGCUGUUGGUAUGCAAAUUUUUUUAAUCCCAAGUAUUGUUGCAAUUUGAGGUUUUCUUUUGUGCUAAUUUUGGGAGUUUGAUCUGAUGGGUUGAUUUUAUGAUGUUAUGUUGAUGUUCCAACUGCUUAUUGCAACAUGUUGCUAAAACUAUGUAGCACGGCAUCAGACAUAUAGUUUUGCAUACACUUGUAUGAUACCAACAAGUUGACGUCUUUUCUCUUUUAGAACAACAAUUAUAAUGGCUCAGUUUGAAACUAGUAGGCGAUUUUUUUUUUUAAUUGUAAAAAAAUUCUUGAAAUUUGUUGCUUGAGUCCUUGAAUAAACACCCGGAAGGAUAAUAAUUUGGCUGCUAUUCUAUGUUUGAAUUACCUUUGAACUGUUUUUGAUUGGAAGAGGUAGAAAUCAUGCCUUCUUUUUUGUAAUAAGUUUGGGAGAGGUAGAAGUCACUUGUUCUUUAACAAGUUUGGGAGAGGGAGAAAUCACAAUUUUUUUUGUAAUAAGUUUGGGAGAGGUAGAACUCGCGCCUUUUUUUGUAAUAAGUUUGGGAGAGGUAGAAGUCACUUUUAUUUAAACAAGUUUGGCAGAGGUAGAAGUCAAGUGUUUUGUGAAAUACAUUUACAAAAUUUGACUUUGAAGCUCACCAUGAGAAUCAGAUCACCUGUGUCCAGACUUUCUUUUUCCUUAAAUAAAGAACACACUCGACCAACUUUGAAAAGUGAAGAAGAAAAUGAAUCAUGGCUUGUCCUUGGCAUAAAAACAUGGGACUAGACUCUUUAUAGUAUGUUGUAUCAUAGACUCUUUUUUAUAGUAUGUUAGGACACAACAGCAACGCCUCAAACAUAACAAGUUGGGUUGGAUAUAUAAAAAAAAGGUAUCCCAGCGCACAAAGCAUCCCGCGUUAGCAGGGUCAGGGGAAGGCCGCACCCUUGGGUGUGAUGUAGAUAGGCUACCCUAAUGCGAUUAGCGGCUGCAUCCACAGUUGAACCCGUGACCUAUAAGUCAUACAGAAACAACAUCACUGUUGCUCCGAGGCUGCCCUUCAGGGGUGUCGGAUAUGUGGGUUAUAAUUAUCCUUGCCGCUCCAUUUAAGUUCUCAAUAUGAGCUCGAGUGUAUGUCAAGCUCAAGGUCUUGGAGUGGUUCAAGAGAUCAAGGAUGAAGUUCCAAGGAAUGACCAAUUUUGUAAGUAAGUCCUAAGGCCCAUUUGCCAUUUAUGUAAUAGACUAGUGUUGCUAUAGAUAGUGACAUUUAGUGAUAUUUUCAUUAGUUAGCUUUUGGAUGAGGAAGGGUUUUACUCCUUUGGUGAGUGUUUUAGGGAUUUGUCCCAUGCAUCUGUUAGGAACUUCUUUGGAUUCAUUGAUGUAUGAAUUCCAUGUAUGAGUUCUUUUUUUUUUUCCUCGGUUUUUGUAAUGUUUUUUUUUUUUUUUGGGGUAAUUUUCUGAUUCAGAAAAUUAGUGCAAUAAACGAGAUAACAAGCAAUUAGAAGGAAUGAUGGAUAAUUCUAUAACUAAAAUAGCAAUAAAUCAUAGAAUGAAUCCAAGUAAGAAGAGGAAGAACUCAUACAUCAAUUUACUUAAUUUUCUAGAAGCUAGAGAAACGUCCCUAAGUGUCAUUGUUUAUAGUAGCAUUAGUAUAUUACAUAAAUGGCCAAAUGGGCCUUAGGACUUAAUUACCUAGCUAGUCAUUCUUUGCAGCUUGAUUUCUUGCAGCACUCCAAGGCAUUGAUCUUGACAUAUGUUAAAUGAUGAUUUUUUAUUGUGCAAUCUUUCUACCUUGAGUUAUUUGGGUAAUUCUAUGGUGCGACAAUAAUGUACUUUAGAACUUAUGAUAUUGGUGAAAUAUUUCUCUAUAGUUAUUAAAUAAACAUGUCUUAUUGCCAUUAGCACCUAAGUUGUUUAAAACAACUACCAAAGGUUUUUGAGGGUCCUCUUCUUGUUAGAUUUUCGUUUAUUGAUUCAAUUGUAAUUGAACAUCAAUUGAGUGAUAAGCAUAUUGAUUUGAUUAUAAUUGUUUAACAAUACUGAUGUGGGGUGGUCGUUUGAACAACAUCAGUAGUUGUUUACAUGACUGCAAAGUCCCUCCAGCGGUUGUAACUUUUUUUCCCACAAAUCUUAUCAACAAACACAAACAUAGUCCAUAUAAAAUAAUACGUGGAUAUAGAUUGAACUGUAGUAUAUUUUACACCAUAUGGAAAAGAAACAGCACAAUAAAAAGUCCCUUCUUUCUUUAGGUCCACAUGUUCUUCUCAAGUGACUGUGUAGCAGUGACUCCCGUGUUGUUCGAUGCUUCUUUAUUUGGAGCCAUGGCAUAUGCCAGUUUUUUGCUUCCGUUAAGCUUACCUUUAUUACUUUGAUGAGGCAAGCAAAAUGAGUGGUUUUACUCAUGAUUACUCUAGGGGAUUAAAUGUGCUAAUACGUUAGGCGCCAAUGAGCUGCUGGCAAAGCCUUCCGGAAAAUCGUUUGUCUAUAGAGCAAAGAACCUUGAAUAGGCUGGUGGACCUAAAUUGAAGCUAGAGAUAUUCCAUGCAUGCUCUGUUUGAGGCAUUCCAUGUGGAAGACGAGGCAAGGUUACUGCCCCGGUAGUGUGUUAGAUUCUGAAAUUUUGAAUGAUUUGCUUUUUUGGAGAUCAAUUGAUACAUUGAUGAUUUAAGAGGCUACCCUUAAUACUGUGAAGAAGCAGCUUUUGCUGACUUGCUCGUGUGAUAUUGAGUUACAAGUUUUACUUCUAUUCUGUUUCCAGUGCGAUUGUUUCCUAUAGCAUAUCUAUCUAGUAUUAUUUUCGGCCAUUGAUAUUUUUCAUUAUUUCCAUGUCUUAUUUUAGGUUUAUCAUGCGAUGGAAAUACACUGGUGGACGUGUCUCAGCCGCUGUGUUUUAAAUAAAAGAUUGGUUGUUGGUUUGUAAUGUAAAGUUUGGCAUGUUUAAUCAACUCAGAAGGAAAAUGCUCAGCUUUGUGAAUGUUAUGUGACUGAUUGGUAUUUUGCCUUGUGGUACAAGGGUUACAUAUGUGCUCAGAUUUUCUUAUUAAAAGAUGUGGUUGGCGAUUAUUAAUUUCGCUGUAGAAAAGUAAAAUUUGUGACUGA